AAGAAGGACACCACGCAGGGGUUUUAAACAGCAUUUUCCUCACACUGUGGGAAGUUUUUACGCGGAGUUUUUACGCGGAGUUUUGGGCUGUGGGCUGACUGAGCUAGCCUGUGUGCCCCGCUGCUCUUCCCUCCUGCUCCGGUGAGGCAGCCGUAAGUUAGCCCGCUGUCCACCCGGUCUGCUUCCAGCUGUGGUGAAUCAUGGCGCUCAGAGCCAGGGCGCUGUACGACUUCAACUCCGAGAACCCCGGGGAGGUGUCCGUGAGGGAGAACGAAGUCCUGACGUUGUACAGCGAACAGGACAUCGAUGGCUGGUUCGAGGGGGUGAACAGCAAAGGAGAGAGGGGUCUGUUCCCCGCUUCCUACGUGGAGGUGCUGAGAAGCGACGCCGCCUCCUCCACCACCACCACCACCACCACCACGUUCAACAACAACAGCUGCAGCAGCACAUCUGGUGACACUUACCCGGACUCACGAUACGCCAACAUCCCAUCCGGAGGUUUUGACGGCUCAAGUAAGCCUCAGAGUAACUUUUCCAAACCUUCUCCGCCUGCUUUCGCCACUUUCUCUGCACCACCUCCAGCAGCACAGCAGCAGCAGCAGCAGCAGCAGCACACCUACCAGCAGUCCAGUCCUGGAAGCGAUGAUGACUGGGAUGAUGACUGGGAUGACAGCUCCACGGUUGCAGAUGAGCCAGGGACGGUUGGAGGAAGGUAUCACGACUAUGAAGGCAAUGGGCCGUCUACUUACAGAGUGACCACGUCCUCAAUGUCCAGAGGUAACGCACAGCAAGCAAAGAGUUCGGCCACAGUCAGUAGGAACCUGAACAGGUUUUCUACCUUCGUUAAGUCAGGAGGAGAGGCGUUUGUGCUCGGGGAGGCGGCAGGAUUUGUGAAAGACGGGGAUAAGAUUUGUGUGGUAAUGGGUCAGUACGGUCCCGAGUGGCAGGAAAACCCCUACCCUUUCGCUUGUACAAUUGACGACCCCACUAAACAGACCAAGUUCAAGGGCAUGAAAAGCUACAUCUCUUACAAGCUGACCCCAACCCACACUCAGAACCAGGUGAACAGGAGGUAUAAGCACUUUGACUGGCUCUACGCUCGGCUGGUGGAGAAAUUCCCUGUCAUCUCAGUGCCGCACAUCCCCGAGAAGCAGGCCACGGGUCGCUUUGAGGAAGACUUCAUCUCCAAGAGGAGGAAAGGCCUCAUAUGGUGGAUGAACCACAUGACCAGCCACCCUGUCCUUGCCAGGUGCGACGUUUUCCAGCACUUCCUCACCUGCAACAGCACGGACGAGAAGUCCUGGAAGCAGGGCAAGAGGAAGGCGGAGAAGGACGAGAUGGUUGGGGCCAACUUUUUCCUCACCAUCAGCCCCCCUGCUGCUCCGCUUGACUUCCAGGAGGUGGAGAGUAAAAUAGACGGAUUCAAAGCUUUCACCAAGAGGAUGGACGAUAGCACCUUGACGCUUAACGCCACUGUCAACGAGUUUGCCCGCAAGCAGAUCAGUGGCUUUAAGAAAGAGUAUCAGAAAGUGGGGCUGUCAUUCAAGGUCCUUAGCCAGGCCUUUGAGAUGGACCAGCAGGUGUACUCUACUGGACUAAACCAGGCCAUCUCCUUCACCGGGGACACAUAUGAAGCCAUUGGAGAGUGUUUUGCUGAGCAGCCAGGAAAGGACCUCGACCCAAUCAUGGAUUUAUUAGCUCUUUACCAAGGACACUUGGCAAAUUACCCAGACAUCAUCCAUGUCCAGAAAGGGGCCUUGACAAAAGUGAAAGAGAGCCACAAGCAUGUGGAGGAGGGCAAGAUGGACCGGGCACAGGCAGAAGGCAUCAACGAGCGCUGCAACAUCAUCUCCUGCGCCACGCUGGCUGAGAUCCAGCACUUCCACCAGAUCCGCGUGCGAGACUUCAAGGCGCAGAUGCAGCACUACCUUCAGCAGCAGAUAUCCUUCUUCCAAAAUAUCACAGGCAAGCUGGAGGAGGCUCUGCAGAAAUAUGACAAUGCAUAAUGGAUGGAUGGCCUUACCUGUUGGUUAAGAACCUUGGCGAUCCAUGACCAUGCACCUUCCUCGGCCAGCCAGUGGAGACCUGGCAAGCAGCAGCCAGCACCACAUACUGUGAAUGCUGUUCAUCCAGCAGGAGGGACAUUGAAGGAGAUUACACUCCAGUAAAAGGACAUUUCUACUAAAUCCAGGUUCCUCUGUGUGCGUUGGCAACAUUUUUUGGGGGGGACUGGAUGUCCUUGUUUUAGCGAGGAAAUGUAAUUUAAUAACUGACACAAAAACAAGUCUUAUGCCUUUUGAUUUAAUGAGAUCAGUGGUGAUGCUGCGACACUCUUUCUGGUGCAUGGGUGAAUGAAAUCUAAUCAUCAUUCUGACCUGCAGAGAGAGAGCCUUGUAUCUGCUGCUGCUGCUGCCACCUGCAUCCCAGGUGCAAAACUUCAUAUACAGUAUCAAAUGUUUUUUUUUUUUUUUUUUUUUUAAGCCUUGCAACACAGUUUUUAACUGACUGCUUAUUUAAAGUGACUGCCACUCCAGGAGUAAUCAUGCUCCACUGCCUUUGGUGUCUCUCCAACCUCAGACGAACAGAAAGAAAUGUUUACAGUCUCCUCCCUGAGCGGGCUCUGUCACCACUGUCUCGCAGUGCCUUCAGAUUACGCCUCCAGUCAUUUUUUUUACUAGUUAGUAAAAACUUUAUAUAACUGUACGUAGAAAUAUAUUCUAUUUGUUUUUACAAAGCUAGAACAUUUUCAUCACUGUGCUUUGAUCAAGGGCAGUAUUCGUUAAGGGAGAUAAUAUUGUUUGAUUGUGGGUUUUUCUUUUUUUCCCCACAUUGUUCCCAUUUGUUUUCAACACUCACAGUGGGACAAACAAUUAGGAUCAAGAAAAGGAUUACCUGCUUUAACAACAGGAACCAACGCCUUAAACACGGCACAGCCAGCACUGGUGCUUGCAGAUUAAAAGGGACGUGUAUGAUGGACACUUUCUAAGACAGCUGAUAUUGUCAACAAAUGUUGCUUUUCAGGCUUAGUGUUUGGGUAGCGAUCAGAGGCAGACUGUUAGACGGCUCCUCCCCUGUUUUAAUAAUGCGGUCUUUUUUUUUUUUUUUUUUUUAAUAGCACACUUUUUGACAGUUCAACUGCUGUUUAUAACCUUCAAGAUGUUGGUUGGAAAAUGGAGAGAUUAACAUUGAUGCAGUAACACAAAAUAAAUUCCUCCUUCACAGAAAGCUG